AUGUCUGAUGGAUGGCUUUGGGCAGUUGGAGUACCAUCCAAGGCUGCAUUUGAGGACAACGCACCCAAAGGACAGACUGAACAGGAAUCAGAGCCAUGUGAAAGUAAAUCCCGUUCAAUAGGACAAGAAGUUAAUAUCAGAAAAUAUGAUAAUUCCAUACCAAUCAGUGAGUCAAGCAUGAAAUUAUGGAAUCAAGAAUACUUCACUUUGACAUUUCCCGAACCACACCAGCCAGGUCAAAAAAAGACAAGAUCUUCAGAAUUACAAAUCGCAGUUCCUAGAUCUGCUGAAAGAAAAUUAGAGGAAGUUCAGAAGCCAGCUCAUAUAUGGAUACAGAGCUCUUUAAGAAAAAUUUUCCAAAGACCAUCUAUUUACUUAACUGUCAGGAGACAGGCUCCAUUUAGACAUCCUUAUACUCCUAAAACUCAUCUUAAAAAGACAGAAUAUAAAAAUUCCAAAGACGACCAAAAAAAAACAACUUUUAAGAAAGAUUCCAAGAAAAAUACAGGUCCAUAUAAAACAACUCCAGAAUCCAAGAAAACAGUAUAUGAUAAAAAACCUAAAAGACAAAAUAAAGAAUAUAAAUCUCCAUCAAAAUCAUCACAUGAAAAUGAACUAUCUAUGAAGUCAAAGUACAAAUCAGAAACAAACUCAGAAUCCAAAGAUUCUAAGGUAUUCUUAAUGAAGCAUCCAAAAAAAAAUAAGAGAGAUUCAAAAGAUUCCAAGGAGAUAGAUAUUGAUUCCAUACGUACAAAGAAGGAUUCUAAGAGCUCAAAGAACAAUUCUGAUGUCAAAUCACAGACUUGCUCAAAAAACACUUCAAAUGUGGAUGUAAUGAUGUAUCUAGAGGAGUCAGGUGCUGAAUCCAUGGAAUUUGGUAUGUGGUUAAAGAAUUGCUCACAGAAUAAUUCAAAGAAGGCUUCGAAGAAGGAAGCAAAUAAAAGCUCUGAUGCUGAAUCUUUAGAUUCAAAAGAUGCGAAGAAAGAUAAGAAAACUACAAAGAAAGACAGCAGGAAGAAGGAUUCAAAGAAAGACACAGAGUCUACUGAUGCAGGAUCUGUAGACUCAAAGGAUGCAAAGAAAGAUUCAAAGAAGGCUAAGAAAGAGUCAAAGAAAAAUGAUAAGAAAAAGGAUGCAAAGAAAGAUGCAGAGUCUACUGAUGCAGAAUCUGUAGACUCAAAGGAUGCAAAGAAAGAUUUAAAGAGAGGUAAGAAAGAUUCAAAGAAAAACGACAAGAAAAGGGAUAUAAAGAAGGAUGCAGAGUCUACUGAUGCUGAAUCCGAGUCUGAAUUGGAGUCAAAAAAGGGUAAGAAAGAUUCAAAGAAGGAUAAGAAAGGUUCACAGAAAGAUGACAAGAAAAAGGAUGCCAAGAAAGAUGCAAUGUCGACCGAUGCUGAUUCUGAAUCUGAAUGGAAUCCAAAAAAGGGUGAAAAAAAUGAAAAGAAGGAUAAAAGAAAUUUAAAGAAAGAUGACAAAAAGAAGUCUGCAAUGAAGUCUGAAGAGUCUAGUGAAACUGAAUCUGAUUGGGAGUCGAAGAAGGGUAAGAAAGAUUCAGAGAAAGCUAAAAGAGAUUCUAAGAAAGAUGUCAAGAAGUAUGAUGUAAAGGACAUAGAGUCUACUAGUGCUGAGUCUGAUGAUUCUUCCAAGAAAGAUCCAAGGAAGCCUGGAAUGUUGAAAAGUUCAGAUGCUGAAUCUGAAGAGUCAAUAUAUAAAUUUGGGGCUAAAAAGAGAGUUGAUGAAUCAGAUGACACAUCUACAGAUUCAAAGAAAACACUGGAACAAAAAAGCCAAUUUAAAAUGUCAUUCAAAAAGACCACAUUCAAAGAAAAAGAGACAAAAGGACACAUAGGUAGAAUUCCUCCAUCAAGAGAAAGACCAGCACUACCUCCUUGUGAGCCUUUAAUAUCAUCUAAGGUCAAACGUCUCUGUCGGUGCAAGAUGCCUCCUCCACCUCCAAAGCCAAGAUAUGCUCCUUUGAGGAUCUUUUCUUCCAUUCUUCCUCCAAAAUCUGGUUGUAACAAGAAGCUUAAGUAG